UGUUGCACAUUAUACGAAAUAAACUAUAUGAAACUAUUUUCUUCGUGGAAAACCAUGUUAAACCCGUUCCUUUACAAAGACCGCACCUCCAGUUCUGUGUUAAACACUGUGUUUAAAACACAAUCUGAUAAUGUGUGUAAGAUAAAUCCAAAUGUGACACAAAUGAAGCCACCCAACAUACUACUGUACAGUCCUGGUAAACGGCAUGAAGUAUCUGAUGGAGCCAUAAAGCUACUUCAACUGUGCCUAGCAAAACACAGCUACACCCUCUACCCAAUUUCAACCACCAGUUUUCGAAAAGAUCCUUGGAUUAAAAACACUCACACAGUUAUAGUUUGGGGGUGUGAAUCAUUCUUUUCAGACAAAGAUAACCAGACCCAUACCAGCAACUUACUUAAAAGCUUCAUUACUUCAGGAGGCAAUAUCCUGAUGUUCAAUUAUAUCCCUGUGUCUGAACCAUCACCAUUUCAUGUUGAGAAAUUGCCGAUUAUUUCUGGGCCCCUGUUUAUAAAACAAGGCGAAGAAAAAAAGGUCCUCGAACAAAAAUAUUUCCCAUCAUUUGUUUUAAAAGGAAAUGCAAAGUCCAUUCAUGAAGUCAUUGUUGAUGAAAAAUUGUUGAAUGUAUCAAUGCAUCACUCUACAGAGAAUACUGGAAAACUUUCUAUUUCAACGCUACCACUCUUGGUCGGGGCAAAUGACACAGCAACAAACCCUAUGGUUUGUUCUUUGUUGAAACAACUUUUAAAAUCUGUUGGUCUAAAUUGCUGUGACGAUGAUGUGCAAGUUAUUGUAAAUCAAAUGCAACAGAAAAUUGCCUUUCUGUAUUCCAACACACUACAACUGCAGGAGGAAUUCCUUCAGAGUUUGCAGAAAAUUGAAAGUUUUGCGUUGAUUCCUUAUAACAAUGAUAUUACUCCAGAAUCUGUGCAAGAAUUGACUGAACGCAGCAACAAAACAACCUUAGUUUACACAAAGGAAGAAAAUGUUUAUAAUUACUCAACAAAGCUGUCAUGUUCGUUUAAUCAAGAUGUUUACUUCAACAAUCUUUCAACACGUUCAUACGGUCGCAUUGUUGUGUAUGGCGAUGUUAUGACCUCAACUAUGAGCGUUUUUGAUGGAUUGACAUGCACAAAACUGCCACCAAAUCUUGGAGCUGUUGCUAUUGCUAAGCAGCAAACUAUGGGAAAAGGUAGAAGUGGUAACCAAUGGAUUAGCCCAUUAGGUUGUGCUAUGUUUACAAUAGUGGUGGACAUUCCAAUGAAUUCAAAACUUGGGCAAUGUUUGCCUUUCCUACAACUUAUAACUACAACUGCUGCAGUUAAAGGAGUAAGAUCUAUAAACAAACUACAGGAUGUUGAAUUACGCAUAAAAUGGCCGAAUGAUAUUUAUUAUGGAAAGCAUGUAAAGUUGGGUGGGGUGGUUGUCCAAUCUACCAUGUUAAACAACAUGUGCUAUGCAUCUAUAGGUUGUGGAAUAAAUGUUUCAAACAGUCAACCAACUAUGUGCGUGAACAAAAUACUGAGAGAUGAACACUCACUACAGCUACAACUAACUACAGAAGAGGUUAUAGCAAGAACUAUUACUGAACUAGAAAAUCUUAUUAUAGAUUUCCAAAAAAAUGGAGCAGAGUCAUUUCUUAAGAUAUACUAUAAAUACUGGCUUCAUAGCAUGGCUGAGGUAGAAGUUAUAAUGGACGAGUCAAACACAAAAGUUGAGUGCACAGUGGUUGGGGUAGAUGACUACGGGUUCUUACGAGUACGUCGUCAUGACACUGCGGAAGUUACAACUCUCUGUCCAGAUGGAAACAGCUUCGAUAUGAUGCAGAAUCAAAUUCUGCCAAAACUGAAACGGAAAACAUAAUGUCAUAAAUGCUAACUGUAUAUAAUGCUGCUGUUUUUUAGAUUGCUACCAGGCAUAAUACUCAAGAAAUAAUGUUCUAGAACAGAAAAUGAUUUGAUUAAAAGCAAAUGUUUCAUAAUAAAAGUAGAAGAUUGUAUUAUAUACAUAUAUCUAUGCUGUUAAUAUUUGUAAAAUGAUUAUGAUUUUAAGUAAAAAAACAAAUGAAAUGUACUCCUAUAUAUGACAUUGAUGUAUUUAAAAAACUCACCAUAAUAAAACAUCAAAAUA